AUGAUUUACGUGAGUAGCGGUGUACAAUUUUAAUUAGAAAAAAAAACCAACAAAAGUCAAAGUCUUUCCGUAUGUUUUUAAUGCCCAUGUCGUACUAUUUGAAUAGGUCAAACUUGUACUGUAAAUAAAUUAACAACAUUAAGCCGACUGAUCCUGUCACAUGUCCUUUCUUUUUGUUAAAUGAUUAUUUCUUCACCAUAUGAAUUAUAAAAACAAAAGUAUAAUUUGAUUGAUUAACCUAGAUUCUUCUCUUGUUUCCAAGUAAAAUGUGAUCGAUCUCGUUUCUUUUCUUUCAAGAUGUAACCGUAGGAGACUUUUGGCUUGUGGAAGAUGUCAUCUCAAGCAUAAAAAGCUCUGUUUUUUCUAGGUCUUGUUCACGGACUAUACAACAAGGCAAUUACCAAAACAAACUCAGUCUUAUCCGGAGAAACCAUAAAAAAAAUGAAAAUAAAUGGAGAAGGUGGAGAGUUGUGAGAGGGACAUGUAAAUCUACCAAUGCAUCCUCCUGCUUCAGAAGAAUGAGUCACAUUGAGAGAGUUUGGUUACAUAAACUUAUAUAUAACCUAUUUUCACAACUCUCUUUUCAAAAGUAUAUAUAACCUUUCAAUCAAAACAGCGUCUUCCCAGGAUCUCUCUGUUUUUCUGACAUUGCCGUGAAAGUCUCAAACGCUCGUCCUAUAAAGCAAACUCAUUACAAAAAGAAACACACUUUUGUCCGAAAGUUUAGCUCUUUGAAACGCGUCAGGGAAAGAGAAAUCCACAAGACUCUCUCUUACCUCUUUUCUCUGUUUUUUCUGUGUUGAGUUUCUUUUUUUUUUUUUUUUCUUGGAAAAUGAUGUGUUAUGAAAACGAAUCAAACCUGGACCGGUUCCUUCGCUGCACAACACCAGUCGUCCCUUCGCUUUCCCUCCCAAAGACACAGAUCAAGAACCUGAAUCGUCUAUGGUACCCUUCGGAGAGCGAGAGCGUUGAUUAUUUCAGGUUAAGUGAUUUUUGGGAUUGUUUCGACGAGUGGAGCGCAUACGGUGCAGGUGUUCCCAUCUUGUCUGAAACCGGCGAGACAUUGGUCCAAUACUAUGUUCCUUACCUCUCUGCUAUCCAGAUUUUCACUUCUCAUUCUGCUCUUAUUGCCCUAAGGGAGGAGACUGAGUCUGGAGACUCAGGGAGCGAGACGUGUAGCGAGGAAUGGAGAUGGGAAGGAUGGUCUUCGUCAGAGGAAGGAGUGGAUCAUCAAGAACCUCUCGAUCGUCUCGGUUACUCUUACUUGCAGUAUUUCGAGAGAUGUACUCCUUACUCUCGGGUCCCUCUCAUGGAUAAAAUCAAAGGGUUGGGAGAAAGACAUGCAGGCUUGAGGUCAUUGAGGAGUGUUGAUCUGUCUCCUGCGAGUUGGAUGGCUGUUGCUUGGUAUCCAAUCUAUCACAUCCCCAUGAACCGAAGCAUAAAGGACUUGUCUACUUGCUUCCUCACUUACCACACACUUUCUUCGUCUUUCCAAGAUGUGGAGAAAGAGAAGAAGGAAAGGAUAAGUGUUGGUGCAUUUGGGAUGGCCACUUACAAAACGCAAGGGAGACUAUGGGACAAUGAUAGAUUGCUUUCCCUUUUGAGCGUAGCAGAUUCUUGGUUAAAGCAGCUAAGGGUCCACCACCAUGACUUCACCUACUUCACCACUACUCCUUAUCAUCUCUAAUAACAGCAUAGUGUUUUUAUAUUGAGUCUUGGUUAACAAUCUAUUUAGUUUUGUGUGUUUAAGAGUAGCUAGAGAUAUCAAUAACGUUGAACAACAUUUGGAAGUCUUAGAAAACAACAUGCACUGACUUUUUCUUCAAAAUGUUUUCAUCUUAGAUUUGGUUUUGGGUGUGUAUGAUUAUGGGCAUAAUACAUUUUAUUCUCUUCUAA